AUGACCGACCCGGCAGUAUUUCUGGAGGCAAUAGCGCAGGAUAAACUUGAUAACCGCAUCACCAUUCUCAACCGGUGCCGCUGCGUUUUCUCCCCCGAAACUCCGCCGAAGCCAUACUCCACCGUUCGUUUCCGAAGCGACCCUGAAUGGGUCGAUGAGGACUACCGACCUCGCAAAGCAUUGUUGGGGCUGCCGAACCUCCGACGUUCCCACGCCGGCGCGGCUAUGACGCCACACUUGAUGGGGAUUGUCCGAAAAUACAAUUUAGCGCACCGAAUCGGCUACUUUACCGGGGACAAUGACGCAAAGAAUGACACUUGUCUCCGCCAGCUUGCGGUUGAGUUAUCACAGGAAUACGGCCUUGCAUUUGAGCCAGUGUCGGCUCGAACACGGUGUGCUGGCCACAUCGUUAACCUGUCCUUGCCAGCUUUUCUCUUCGCAACUAGCGAGGACGCCUUGCAGGCGGCUAUUGAACAGGCGCAAGAUGAAGCGAGUGACUUAACAGUUGUGGAUGCAUUGCAUGACCAGAUGCACUUGAAUACCCGCCAAUCCACCCACGGCAAACGCAAGAAACGCAAUGAUAACGGCGGCUGGCGGAGCAUCGGCCCUCUGGGUAAACUCCACAACAAUGCUGUGUUCAUCCGUAAUUCCACGGUGCGUAACGACGCAUGGGAUGACAUUGCAGGAAAAGCACUAGGGAUUGACAAUAUCACACGAUGGAACUCGUGGUUUAAAUUGCUUGAUGCAGCUAUAAGCCAGGAGGGUCCAUUGUCAAUAUUCCUCAACCAAUACCACAAUGAGUUGGAAGACGACAUCCUCACACACGAUGACUGGCAAGUACUCAAAAUGACCCAUGAGUUCUUGCAGCCGUUUUGCCAGGCUAGCUUGGAGCAGCAAAUGGAGUGGGCAUCAAUAGACCAGGUCCUAGAGAACAUGGAUAUUCUCUUUAUGCAGUUUGAAAAUGCCAAGGUCAAAUACGUGGACAAUGCACAAAUGGUUAAUUCUGUGCAUAUGGGCUGGUGGGUGCUCUCAAAGUAA